UCUCUCCCCUCUCUAGUCUGAACGAGCAUGGCCAACGAUUCAGGUGAGCCGUGAGCAAGGGCAACCCUAGCAAGCGAGUAACAGUGGCGGCCGGCGAGACACCUGCGCGCGGCGGGGAGUGGGAAGGCGGGCACAGGGCACCUGAAAGCAGCAGCGGCGGCAGGUUCGUGGCAGUGCGGCACCAUCAAGCAGCUGCCGCAGCACCGCGGGCCGAGGGGAGCACUGAGCAGUUUUUUGUAGGUCCCGUAUGCAUAUCCUGAAUUUUAGUCCUGCAAACGCUAUCUAUACCAUCCCUGCUACACCACACAAGCACAGAGGACCACACAAACAGCAGGGCAUGGCAUCACCGGCAGGGAGGAGCAGCACCCGCCACUCCAAGAUUCCAGAGUUCUUGGUGGGCCCUAUCGGGCAACCAAUGCCUGCAGUGGGGCUUGGCACGGCGUCGCACCCAUUCGUGGAGGAAGAAGUUAGGGCCGCGGUGCUCACCGCGCUGGAGCUCGGCUACCGCCACAUCGACACCGCGGCGCUCUACGCCUCUGAGCGGGUUGUCGGUGAGGCCAUGGCUGAAGCGGUGCGGUGUGGGAUUGUGGCGUCUAGGGAGGACCUUUUUGUGACAAGCAAGGUGUGGUGCACGCAGUGCCACCCCCAGCUUGUGCUUCCAUCCCUCAAGGAGAGCUUGCAGAACCUUCAAAUGGAAUAUGUUGAUUUGUACCUGAUUCAUUGGCCCAUGGCUGUAAAGCCUAGCAAGCCUCACUUCCCAAUGAAAAGGGAGGAUAUUGUGCCAAUGGAUCUGAGGGGUGUUUGGCAGGCUAUGGAGGAAUGUCAUCAGCUUGGCCUUGCUAAAAUGAUUGGUGUUAGCAAUUUCACAACAAAGAAGCUGCAGGAGCUGCUUUCCAUUGCAAAAAUACCUCCAGCAGUAAAUCAGGUUGAAUUGAAUCCAACUUGGCAGCAGAAAAAACUAAUUGAAUUCUGCAAGGAUAGGAGUAUUCAAGUUGCUGCUUAUUCUCCCCUGGGAGGUCAAAGAAUACCUAAAAUGAAUCCAGUACGACAAUCUGACGUUCUGGAAGAGAUUGGAAGGGCUAGAGGGAAGUCAGCCGCUCAGAUUUCACUGAGAUGGAUCUACGAGCAAGGCGCAAGCAUGGUGGUGAAAAGCUUGAAAAGAGAGAGGCUUAAGGAGAACAUUGAGAUCUUCGAUUGGGAAUUAAGUGAUGGAGACCGGUUGAAGAUUGGUCAGAUACCACAGUGCAAGUUGAUCACAGUACAAAAUCUUCUCUGUCCUGAAGGCAUCUCCAGUGUGGACAUCUCAGAUGUUGAUGUUCUUGAAAUGUAGCUGUGACCUGCUCCUAUCUGCGGUGGACGAAGAGUAUAAUGUAAAGUGUGUUUUAAAUGUUAGAAGCAGGUGAGGCUUCUUUUGUUUCACAAGUAGUCCCAAGCAAAUUGGCAUAGGCUAAUCCUUUGUUACCACGACCUUGCUUUUCUUGCAGGUUACCUGACUCUGCUCUACAUAAUUUAUGAAAAAAUCAAAUUGCACAAAUUUUCCCUAGCACAUAUACCAUCCAUGCUGACUUUUGUAUCUAGAUAUGUUUUAUAGGUUAUCAUUGAAUCUAAGGCUGCUUAAUGGUGUAACCUUUCCCUUUGUUGGCUUGACCUCAUCUGCUUGCUCAUUUCCACAGGUAUCUAGUUCACGAUGAAGAGGCGCAAGGACCAAUCUUUCACAGAACUUGGUGACGGGGCCAAAGGCGUAAAAAGCUUGCUGCACCAAUUUGAAUAGCACCACUUCUGGUGUUCAGGAGUAUGGAGCAAAAUUGAACAUACAGCGGAGACGCUUUUGUACAUUUUGAUUUAUGAACCUAAGCGCAGAUUGAACUGACAAAAUUGUAAAGAAAUGGAGAUGUGGAGAUAUUUCCUCUCGUUAAUGAAUCCUAUCCAGAUGCCUCCCAUCAGAAACUUGGAA